UUUGCGCUGCGACAAAUUUGUCGACGGACAAUCGAACGCAAAGUUGGAAAGAAUGAGUAAUGUUGAUUUGAUAAAUUUCUUAAAGUUGUCUUAAUUUCAAGCGAUUUCUCUGAUGAUCGAUGGUUGUUUCUUUAAUGAUCAUCAGUUUGGUGGUCGAAGAAGGUUUUCCAGUGACUGAGGACCUCAAUUACGUUGCGAAAAGUUUCAAAUCGAGCGAUUUUGAGCGAAAGGUUUUGCCAAGCAGUCGGCCAUCUGCUGAGGGGAAACAGUCUUUUGACAAGAGAAAAUUUGAAGAGAUUACUAUUACUACGUACAUGGCGACAGAGGCUGAAGGCUUUUCUACUCCUAUGGCGGAAAGUGGCGGCAAUAAUCCGAAUAAAACCAAAGAGAAUCUGGCUAAAGUUGGUUUGGAUGGAAUAGAUAUUGAACAGAAACCAUAUUUUUCUGGGAAUCCUGCUGUAGAGGUCACAAAAGGCAUUCUACAUUUGUACAAAAUAAAUGAUAGUCUAUCGCAGAAUAGCAUUGCCCUUAGCAACUUACUGUGCAUGCUUUCUGUUCCGGCUAAAAUGUCCUGCACAGAUUUAUUAAACUUUGUAUCAACUUUCGACAAACAUAUUGAGCAUGUGAGGAUAAUCAGGGAUCCCACACCCAAUCUAUACAUGACCUUACUAAAGUUUAAGACUGAUGAACAUGCUCAUGAAUUUUACGACAUGUUUAACGGACGACCUUUUAACACCUUGGAGCCAGAAGUUUGUCACUUGGUGUUCCUAUGUAAAGUCGAGUCUGCGAAAUCUUCAGAGAGCGGUUUUCUGCCUCUGGAGGGGGCGACCGAGUUGCCGACAUGUCAUAUUUGUCUAGAGAGGAUGGACGAGUCAGUUGAAGGGAUUUUGACAGUUCUGUGUAACCAUUCGUUUCAUAGUAGUUGUUUGGUAAAAUGGCAGGACUCAAGUUGUCCAGUCUGUCGAUGCCUUCAGACCACAGAGGUUUUGCAGGAUAAUAAGUGUUUUUCAUGCGACUCUCAAGAGAGUCUUUGGAUAUGUUUGAUAUGUGGUCAUAUUGGAUGUGGAAGAUACCACGAAGGACAUGCUCACAGGCAUUUUCGUGAGACUGAACACACAUAUUCCAUGGAACUUGAAACAAAGCGAGUGUGGGACUACACUGGAGACAAUUAUGUUCAUCGAUUGGUCCAAAACAAAUCCGAUGGAAAACUGGUCGAAUUUGACGCUCCCCCCGGGCAGGUCGCUGGCGAGGAAAAACUGGAUUCAAUCACUCUGGAGUACACUUACCUUUUGACGAGUCAACUGGAAUCGCAGCGCCUGUAUUUUGAGGAGAAAAUUGCAUUUGUAGAGAAGGAUGCUUUUGAGCAAAUGGCGGCCGUUGUGGAAAAGUCUAAAAAGACACUCGAGGAAUGCCAAAAAUACGAAAGAUUGCAUUUGGAAACUGAGAAAGAACGAAGGAAUCUCGAGAAGAAGAAUUCUCAGUCCGUUUCGAAGUUAAAAAGCGUUGAAAAGGAACUCAGAGACGAGAAACAGCUGAACGAAUGCCUUCGGAGAAAUCAACAAGUCUGGCAAGAGAAGGUCGCGGAACUUGAGAUGAGUUUAAAGCAAGUGGAAGCACAAAGGCGACAGGAAGUUGGUGAUUUACAAGAACAAGUCGGUGACUUGAUGAAGCAUUUUGAAGCUCAAACUGCAAUCGAGAAAGCUCCGGCUGAUUUGCAGCAUGAAAUUCAAGAAGGGCAGAUGUUUGUUACACAAAAUCAAACUCGGGGUCAUCAAAAACAAAGGAAAAAACACAAAUAGAAUAUUCUGUAAUAUUUUGAGCAUUUGCCUGAGAAUAUGCUGUAUAUUCCAAACUGUGUAAUAAUCAAAUAUAUUCAAUUGUUUUUUGGGCAUUUCAAUGCU